CUCGAACCGGACUCGCCGACGGAGCUGCGGAACAUAAACAAAACGCAAGGGGGAGGAGGGAGAAGCUUAAUUCGAAUUCUGUCGCCUCUCUCUCCUCGGACUCUUCUCCCCCUCGCUAGCCGGCGCCGCAAUAGAUCGCCGUUCGCCAGUGCCGGAGCAGGCCCCCCAUUCCGUUCCCUCUUCCCCGCGAGCUCUUGGGUGGCGGAAGAUUGGGCCUUUGGAGGGAGGUUCCCGAGAUGUUCGUCCAAUGAGUCCGCACUCGAUUCCGUUCCAGUGGUUCAAAUGCUAGAGCAGGAGCGGCCGGAGGCGCAGGGGUUUCGCUACCUGCCUGCUUCGGGCAUCUAGGGUUGCUUCUCGAUCUAGGGCGGUUUCGUGCCGUGCAGAUGCGAUUCAUUCUUGGCUCCUCCCACAUUAGAGCGUGUGUUUGAUAGACAGAACCGGACCCAUAAGCAGGUCUAGUACAACCUCCGGAGUUUUCCCAUGGCCUCGGCUGCUUAUACUGAUGAUUCUGGUUCCGAGGUUAUUGAUCCUCCAAAGUCUGAGGUACUGGAUGUUGCUGAACUUGUCGGCGAUCAUAUCCAGCUUACACAAAAAUCAAAUGUGGUAGCUUCUAGCAGCGUUCGCGAACUUUUGGAAUGCCCUGUCUGCUUGAGUGCCAUGUACCCUCCUAUACAUCAGUGCUCUAAUGGCCAUACAUUGUGCUCUGGAUGCAAGCCAAGGGUUCACAAUCGCUGUCCAACUUGUAGGCAUGAACUGGGUAACAUAAGAUGCCUUGCUCUUGAGAAGGUGGCUGCAUCUCUUGAGCUUCCAUGCAAGUACCAGAACUUUGGUUGCUUAGGCAUUUACCCAUACUACUGCAAGCUGAAGCAUGAGUCACAGUGCCAAUAUAGGCCUUAUAGUUGUCCAUACGCUGGAUCUGAAUGUACAGUUGGUGGUGACAUUCCAUACUUGGUAAAUCAUUUGAAAGAUGAUCACAAAGUUGACAUGCAUAGCGGAAGCACUUUCAACCAUCGCUAUGUCAAGUCAAAUCCUCAUGAAGUUGAGAAUGCGACCUGGAUGCUUACGGUUUUCAGCUGCUUUGGCCAGUACUUCUGCCUGCAUUUCGAGGCAUUUCAGUUGGGCAUGGCACCUGUGUACAUCGCUUUCCUGAGGUUCAUGGGAGAUGAUGCGGAAGCAAAGAAGUACAGCUACAGCCUGGAGGUAGGAGGUGGUGGGCGCAAGAUGAUCUUUCAAGGGGUUCCCCGGAGCAUCCGAGACGGCCAUCGGAAGGUCAGAGAUAGCUAUGAUGGGCUAAUAAUCCAACGGAACAUGGCCUUGUUCUUCUCUGGUGGUGAGAGGAAGGAGCUUAAAUUGAGGGUCACCGGGAGGAUUUGGAAAGAAGAGUGAAAUGAUCCAGCCGAUUCAUCCAUUUCCCUGGUAUGAAUGAGCCCAUGGGUCGCAUCAUGAAAACUGUAUUUCCUAGGGGCUGAUUCUGAAGCGUGCAAAUUGUAAUACCUGUAGCCUGUUUUAGCCAUCGUCUGCUCGAUUGGUGUCUGCUCAGAUAACCUGGGUGACAGUGAUACUGUUGUAGGAAUCUCCUCUUUGCCAUUCUGUAGCAUAGGGGAGCCUAUUGGCAACACAUGAGAUGUAAAGGUUCUAUGUAGCUUUCGUUCUCUGUUCCAAACUCCGUUUCCAUGAUUCAUUUAAGAGGAUGUGUAACAGCUUGAGAAUUAGAACGUGGAUUUUAUCAUGAUGAAAUGCAAGAAACAUUGGAGUUGGCGUUGCAAA